GUCACGUCCACAAAUCUACAUAACUGCCAUGCCAUAUCAACUUGUCAACAGUAUUUUGGCAAAUAGGGUUAAAUUAUCUAUUAUAUCGAACGUAGACAUUUAAUUAACAGUAGGAUUUCAUUUGCAUAAAUAAAUAAAUAGGGAACAACGAAUAUGUAAAAGAUUGUAACAUUUUUCUGUAAUGAAUAAAGUGAUAUCAAAGUAUCAAACUGCUUUGACUAAAAGCAGAAGUUCUUCCAAUUUAUUUUCGAAGUAUGAAUUGUCUACUGAAUCACCCCCUAGAGAUGCCAGAGUUGUUAUUUGUGGAGGUGGAGUUAUGGGGGCCUCGGUUGCAUACCAUCUAGCAAAAAUCGGAUGGGGUAGUGAAACGGUGCUUAUCGAACAGAACAGAAUAGGAGGUGCAACAACAUGGAAUUCGUCAGGUCUUGUAGGAGUAUUCAAACCCAGUUUAUCACAAGUAAAACUCACGAAAUCAAGUGUGAAUCUGUACAAAGAACUAGAAAAGAAAGGAUUACCAACUGGGUGGAAACAAUGCGGAAGCUUAAACCUAGCAAAAACAAGAGAUCGAAUGACAGUUUUUCGAAGAAUGCUAGCCCAGGCUGUAUCAUGGCAAAUUGAGUGUGAUAUUUUAACGCCAGAGCAAUGUAAAGAAAAAUGUCCAUUACUGAAUGUUUCCGAUAUUUUGGGAGGCCUUUGGAUUCCUGGUGAUGGAGUGGGUCACCCUUAUGACAUAUGCUUAUCAUUGGUUUCUGAAGCCAAGGAAAUGGGUGUUAAAGUAAUUGAGGAUUGCACACUUAAAAAAAUUAAACAACAAAAUAACAAAGUUACUGGUGUUGAGACUGACUUAGGAAAUAUCAAUUGUGAAUAUUUCGUGAAUUGUGCUGGAUUUUGGGCAAGAAAUGUUGGUCAGUUAUCUGAACCAUACGUUAAAGUUCCUCUACAUGCUGUUGAACAUUAUUAUUUACAUACCAAACCCAUUCCCGGCUUGGACCCUAUGCUUCCAGGUGAGGUGUUUCUGUAUAAGUUAUAUUAAGUUUUCCUUGUUCAC